AAAUCCCUAUAGAUUUACUAGGAGCAAAUGCCGGACAUCACGUGACCACUAUGUCCACUAUUCUACCAGAGGACUACACAGUUUUUUGCUGGACUGCAUCAGCAAAGUUGACAAAGAAAUUCUAAGAAAAAGGCAGUGCUUCUUUUUGUCAUAACUGCAUAUACAUAUAACUUGUAAACAAUAAAGAAAUGUAGGAGAAUAUAGUCAAGAAUACUAGCAUCAAGAUCGCAACAAUAAGGAAGUGAAAAAGUGACUCACGAUUAUUGAUAAGAUCUACUCCAAAGACAAAAUGGCAACCAAGUCGAAUUUAUUCGUAUUUCAUUCGAAACCAACAUUUAAAACUAAAAAAAAUCUUGAUGGUUUCGAGACAUUAUCUAAUGCUCAUAUUGUUAAAACUCGAAAUGUUAACGAAGGUAAAAAUAAUUAUGACAAAGUUUCGAAACCAAAUAAAAUUCCAUUGGAUGUUAAAAAUGAAUCUCAAGAUGAUUUGGGUUAUUAUAGUGAGAAAACGUUACAAUACGAUACUGAAAUGAGUUAUGACAAUGAGACCACUACUGACAUGAUUAAUUUGCUGAAAAAAGCCACAGACAUUAUGAAUCAAUUGAUGACAGCUAUUCAAAAACUUAGUACUCAAAUUCAGGGUUCCAAGUUGCCAAGCGAUACAGGAUCUAAAGUUUCCUCAUUUGUUAAAAUUGAUUCCUCGCAAAAAAAGCCAACACAUAAAUUAAGAUCCAGAUACGUAUUCGGUGACAUGAUGUCACUUUCUGAAACAGAAUCGAUCGAAUCUUCUUCUGUUGCUGGUUGGAGUACCCAAAACUCCGAAUGUGAGUCAUAUUUAAGCAAUACAGGUGUUUUCAGUACAGACAGCGAGUCAUUAAUAAAAAUUAAAAAUGUUGUAAGUUUAGCUAAUCCUUCAGAAGCUGAAAAGGAUAAAAAAGUAGUGGAAAAUAUAAAAAAGAAAGGUUUGAUUAUCUUUAAUCCAAAAUCAAAAAAGAAGAUCAAGUUUAUUCCUGAGAACAUAAUAGUUCCAACUUCUUCAACAAUUCAGACCAAUUACUUGUCCGCAAUGAGCCCGCCGAGUAUCAAAACUUACAUGGAUGAUAAAAAUAUUACGAUUUCUAAUAUCUCUAGUCGAUUUCUCAAAAAAUCGGAAAAUUUAACUACAGUUCCUAUUGAUUCAAAACUUAAAAACUUGACUCCCGUUACUAUUGGAAGUAAUCACAUUUCCACAAAAAACACUGCUUAUACUCCCAUUACAAAUAUUAAUUUUUCUACUCCUAUUUGCAAAACUGAUACAUUUACUCCUAUUGCUCCCAUCAGUAAUGACACUGCAAUAUCAUCACCUACUCAAAAGCAAAAUACUGCCAUUGUCUACAACAAUCCAUUGCUUUUGAAACAAAAUGACGCGUCGCAGAUCGUUGAAAAUUCAAAAGAACCAACUGCCUACAAUGAAAUGUUAAAUUCAGAAAAAUUGCAACAUAUUUACAAAUGUAUGGGUCGAUAUUGUUCCUUUACAACUGAUAAUGUAGAUCAUUUUCAAAGACACUUUGAGGGACACGCGAUUAUUUGUGACAUUUCCAGUGAUAAUAUGGAGCCGUACGAUUUUAAAAAAUGUGCUUACUGCUAUUUAACUCUUGGAAAUUGGGACCAACUGAAGUCGCAUUAUGAGCAAAAUCAUGUUUUUUGCAUAUAUCAAUGUAAUUAUUGCUUUUAUCGAGCAAUCUCGCAUUGUUACGUUGAAAUACAUCAGGCAAGUACUCAUCCAACAAAACCAGUAAAAGUUUUACAAGGUGUCAAUAAUUUUCUACAGCCUCAGACAGAAUUUAAUUUUAGUGAACGGGUCAAGCCAUUUGUUUGUCAAAAUAAGUGCAACGAAAUUUUCUACGUACCUGAAUUAUUUCAUUAUCACCUAAUAAAGGACCAUUUAAACUUGUCAAAAUUUAUAUGUCAUUUAUGUGAAAUACACAAUAAUAAUAAUAAUAAUAAUGAAUUGAAUCAGUACACUGCAGAGGAUCUUAUUGUUCACUACAAAACCCAUGGAAUCUUCAAGUAUCAAUGUUUACAUUGUACUUAUGGCUCGGAUUAUGUAACCAAUGUUUACAGUCAUCUUAGUGAUCGACAUAGUAACAAGAAGCCUAUUCUUUUUGAAAGAAGUUUACCUCCUCAAUCCAACAAAUUCAUGAGUACCAUUGAUCAGCAUGUGCUAAAAAAUCCAAACCCGCAACAAGCAUUAUCCUCGGACUUAACUACUUUAAUUAAUUUACCUGAUGAAUCAUUGAAUUUUAAUUGCAAUUCUAAAAUUGAAUCGGACGGUUCUCUAAAAGAACAUUUAAAUAAUUCUACGCUAUCAGUGUCUCCUCCUCGAUCCAGCAGUCCGACAUCUAUUCAAAUAAUUUCUACCGAAAAUCUCCAGAAGGCGGAUCAGCAAUUGGAAAAUUCGACAUCAAAUUCUAAAAAUGACUGUGAUAGAGAAACAAUAAAGGAUAGUGAAGUAUGUCAAAAUAACGAAAGAUUGACAAACAAAGAAGUAGAACCAAAAACUAAGGAUGUAAUACUUGUAAGCAGCGACAAUAAUAAUAAUAAAUCGUUAACUCGCAAGAAUUUUAAACCCAGCGGACUUGUAGCCGAGGAAUUAUAUAAAUGUGGAAAAGUCAGAUGCAAAUAUUCAGCUCCAAAUUCAGAAACUCUAAGGAGUCACAUGGAAGAUUGUUGUUUAAGAAAAUUCGAAUGUAAACAUUGCCGUAAGGUCUGUCGAUUGAUUGGUUUUUUCAUGAUGCAUUUGGAAACACAUGGAUUAAAACGAUGCGUUUGCAUUGAUUGUGGUGAAAGAUUUGCCACUCAAAAACAAGUUACAACGCACAUAAUGAAGAAACACAAUGCUGCUUUUAAACGUAUUCCGGUAGAUCAGAAUAAUCCAACUGACGACGAUCUCCUUUAUUUUCAACCAAUUUCCAAGACCGAAAAGAAGCAAUCAAUGUCAAUUAAACAAUCUGAAAAAGAAAGUCCGCAAGUUACUAUUCAACGAGAAAUUAAAUGUAAUUUUUGUCCAUUCUCCACGAAAGAUCGCUUGAAUAUCUUUGAUCACUUACAAAUUCACACCACAGAUGAAAUUGUUCCAGAUUCUGCAUCUGUUAAUUCUGUUCCAUGCUUGGACAAGCGAGAAAACAAGUUCAAUAAAAUAGUCAAUGCCGCGAGUAGUUCCUAUCAAAAUGAACAUGAGGAAAUCAAACCAAAAGCAACCAAUGAAAAGACGUUGCCAAAAUAUGUUCCCGAAAAUAAACGAUUUGUUUGUGGCUUUUCCAAGUGCUCUUAUUUAACUGUUAAUGAAGAUACGUUGCUUUCUCAUUUGAAAACUUUACACUCGAAUGAACAAUUUUUCAAAUGUGCUCAUUGUAAAGAACAAAAACUACAGGCAGAGAAUAUUUCAAUAAAAAAAAUGGGAAUUCAUUUAAAAAUGCACGAUUCGAAACUCUAUAAAUGCUCCUACUGUAACUAUUUCCAUUAUAAACGACACAAGAUAGAUCGUCAUCUUGAUAAACAUGUAGACCAUGUAGACAAUAAAAGACCAUUUGUAGAAAUUGUUCGAGAAUUUGAAUUCAACGAAAUCAAAUCAUCUCUCGAAGAAAAUAACAAAGUCGCUCCAAAUUUAGAUGAAAAUAAUGUUCUUAAUGAAGAGGAUUCAAGUUCUGAAAUUUCUACUCCUCCAACAUUAACUCCUCAGAAAUCGAUAAAAAGAAAGAUCGACUCUGAAUCGCCGAGUAACCAAACAAAAAUAAAGUGCAUGAAGCCAAUGGCAUUGAUUGGAUUGGAUCAAUCGAAAGAGCAGGAAAUGGGUGAAUUUGGUCCAUACGGGAAUCCCGAGGAAGAAUUGUAUUUGUGUCCAAUUUGUAAAUUUAGUACAUCGCACAAAUACGCUAUGAGAGAUCAUCUGUACCUAGAAUUAGGAUAUUUCAGAUGGCAUUGUAAAAGUUGUGGAUUUGUGACAUUAAACAAGAACGAGCUGACAAAUCAUUGUGCUAAAAAUCACAUGGAUCAAAUUCCAAAUAUCGAAUUUUUACCAAUAAAUGACGAGAUCGAGGAAUGGGUUAACGUCGUCAAAGACAAUAAUGAAACAAAUGUUUACAAAUGCAAUCACUGCUAUUGUGAAUUCAAGAGUCAACCUAGUGUCAUACAACAUGUAACAAAACAACAUGGAGAGCAAAACUGGACGAAAAUGCACUCAAAAUGAUGUAGGUACAAAUACGCUUAUUGUUCUUAUCAAGCAGUUUUUUUAUUUUUUUUUCUGGAAAGUUUUCUAUUUUUUCUUUUAUUUUAUGAAAAACUCAGUUGCUCUGAGAAUUUUCACCUUUUGCCUUGUGAAUUCAGAUUAUUCGCUUGCAAAAAUAUGAUUUUCACUUUAGAGAAUCUCUUUAUACCUUUCUGCACGCUUUUUUAUUUUAUAUUUCAAUUAUAAGUAUCUUAAAUCACUUUUUUUACCAAUGUGUUUUUAUCACUCUUGUCUCUUCUUUAUU